AUGGAUAGUUUAUGCUCGAAUAUUAUGUACAAGACAAUAAGAUGUAAUGCAGAUAUUCGACAGGUUUCACUCCUAGCCUGUGUAGUGGUCAGUGAAAAAAUCAAUGUCGAGUGUAUUGUGAACUGUAGUUAUAUUGCCUGGGAGUUGAAUAAGAAUUCAGUAAUGAAUGCUAAUGACAUUGAAGUGACUAAUACCUCGAGCAGGAUGGCGUCGAGCGAUCGGAAAGAAGAAGAAGACUUAAUAGACUUGGACGGACGAGCUUGCGUGUCAGUUGUCCCUGUACCCGAGACAGUGACCUCAGAAGAGCAUCUUCUGGACGUCAAUCCGCCGCAGCUCGAGCAGAAGCUGUCUCUAACGCGAGAACAGAAGCUAGUUCGCCAGCACUGCGACAAUGGGGAUGUCCUGGUGACCCUGGGACACGAUCAAGUGGUCCCCGUGAGGAAGAGGAUUGAUGUUGUCUCCUCGGAGACGAUUAAAAGAAUCCGCGUUAUUACUAAAAACCUCGAGCCUGUUAUUAAGGCGUCUCAACAGCAGAUUCGACGCUCCAGCGAGAGUGAAAAUAAUAACGAGUUUAAUGGUCCAAGGACUCAUCUCGGGGAUGACGAAUCAACAUCGGGUCUUGAUGUUAAUAAUGUGGAAAUAAAAGCGCCCGAUGGAAAUGAAUUAUCUAGAGGAAAUGGAGAAAAAACUGAAGAUAAAAAAUUGUGGGCUAGAAAUUCUGAUGGAUUAUUUGAUGAGUUUAAUUGUGAGCCUUCAACAUCCAAUCAUCAGAUUCUACCAACUCAUUCCAAGUCAUCCUCUAUCGGGUACAGUACUAUAUACAUUAAAAAUUACAGCAAAGAGUUUGGUCAGAAUGUUUAA